AUGGAUGACCCCAAGGAGCACAGCAGGUGCCCUGCCCGAGGAUCAUGCCCCGUGUUCCUGGCACUGAGCUCAGGGGCUGUCCACUACGCCCCAUCGGUUCUGGGCCCCACACCAGAGGGUAACUUGGAAGAGGAGCCCUGGGACACAGACAGCCAGCCCCACCCAGACGAGGGCCACCCGCCGCCCCUUGAAACCGUCCCGGUCUCCUGGAAGGGCUGCAGGGAGUCCCCAAGAGGCCUGGCAGAGAACCCUGUUGGGGAGGAGGCCCAAGGUGAGGAGAGCCCCACGGCUGCCCAGCUGGACGUGUUGCGCCUGCGAAGCUCUUCCAUGGAGAUCCGUGAGAAGGGCUCAGAGUUCCUGAAGGAGGAGCUGCACAAAGCCCAGAAGGAGCUGCAGCUGAAGGACGAGGAGUGUGAGCGGCUGUCCAAGGUGCGGGAGCAGCUGGAACAGGAGCUGGAGGAGCUGACGGCCAGCCUGUUUGAGGAAGCCCACAGAAUGGUGCGGGAAGCCAACAUGAAGCAGGCAGCGUCAGAAAAGCAGCUGAAGGAGGCGCGGGGCAAGAUCGACAUGCUGCAGGCUGAGGUGACCGCCUUGAAGACCCUGGUCCUCACAUCCACACCAGCCUCUCCCAAUCGCGAGCUGCACCCACAACUGCUGAGCCCCACCAAGGCUGGACCCCGCAAGGGCCACUUGCGACAUAAGAGCACCAGCAGCGCCCUUUGCCCCGCCAUGUGCCCCACUGCCGGACAUCCCCUCACCCCGGACAAGGAGGGCAAAGAGGUGGACACAACCCUAUUCGCAGAGUUCCAGGCCUGGAGGGAGUCACCCACCCUGGACAAGACCUGCCCCUUCCUCGAGAGGGUGUACCGGGAGGACGUGGGCCCCUGCCUGGACUUCACGAUGCAGGAGCUCUCAGCACUGGUACGGGCCGCCGUGGAGGACAACACGCUCACCAUCGAGCCCGUGGCCUCGCAGACACUGCCUGCAGUGAAGGUGGCUGCAGUCGAGUGUGGCAGCACCAACACCUGUGCCCUGAGCGGACUGGCUCGUGCCUGUCGCCACCGAAUCCGGCUUGGGGACUCUGAGAGCCACUACUACAUCUCGCCGUCCUCCCGGGCCAGGAUCACCGCAGUGUGCAAUUUCUUCACUUACAUCCGCUACAUCCAGCAGGGCCUGGUGCGGCAGGAAGUGGAACCGAUGUUUUGGGAGAUCACGAGGCUGCGGAAGGAGAUGUCACUGGCCAAGCUCGGCUUCUUCCCCCAGGAGGCGUAGGGCAUGGCCCAGGCCUGGAGGGGAGCUCUGAUCCAUAGCCAACACCUGCCCCAAGCACAGACAGACAGGAAGACAGGGUCCCAGAGCCAGCCCUGAGCCAGAAGCUGAGCAGAUGGACAAAUGGCCAGGCCACAGAAGCCUUGCUGAGCUGGUACCAAACCUUCAAUCCAGGACAGACGACAGGAGCUCAUGAACUGACCCUUCUCUCUUCACCAGUGGCCCUGUAGCCACUGGGAGACCUUCAGGGAAGCACUGAAGACCAAGGAUCUUGGGCCCAUACUCGGGCUCAGCCCUCGGGAAGGGAAAUGUGCAUCUGCACCCCCUUUGCAGGCCUGGGAGCUGCUGCUCACAGUGCUUUGUUGCUGCCUCAUCCUCAGAAGAGGACCACUGAGGACCACACUGGGUGGCCUGACCUCCAGGGUAUCGCCCCCACCUCAGUUCCCGAGCCCUGGGGCACCAGCACCCCCUGGUUGCCAUCCCUCAUCCAUUCCCCGUGGCCUCCCUGUUGGACUGCCUCAAUGGGCCCCCGCUGUGUCCAAUGUCCGUCAGGAAAUGGGGCUGUCAGGGACUCUCACACCAACCUAUAUCUGCUUGAGGACCAUCCCCAAACUGUUCUUCAGAUGGAUCAGGCACUGAUCCUUGCACUUGACCCCAUCCCCCACCUGAGCCCAUGCCCCAGGAGGCUCUGAGACCCCCACCACCAUUGGAAGGAUUAGGAUGGGUGGGUUUCCCCCAAAGUAAAACUCAGGGCCUCAGGACACCCAUGUCUAUGUUCAGCUGUGAGUGGCCAUUCAGACAAUGGGGGUUGAGGCUGCCUUGCCCUGCACACAGGACUGGGGUAGGGUGGGCACACCCCAGGCCCGCUCCUCACCCCGCACAGCCCAUUUAGGACUCAGGUCCAACCUGGACACAUCCCUCACCACAGCUGAUUUCCUUUGAAUGGAAUGUAACACAAUCUCUAUUUAAUAAAGGAAGGCUUUGUUAGUA